AUGUCCUUCCCCUACAAGAAAGUCCUCGUCAUUGGCGCCACUUCUGGCAUUGGCAAGGCUAUUUCCGAGAGACUUGUUAAGAACGGUAUCUCGAUUGUGAUUGCCGGACGACGGAAGGAGAAUCUGGAUGAGUUUGUGGCAGCGCAUGGCAGCGGCAAGGUCCAGGCGAAGGUCUUCGAUGUGUUGAAGUUGGAUGAUAUCCCCCAAUUCGCCUCCGACGUCCUCUCCUCAAACCCCGACCUCGACUGCAUCUUCGUCAACGCCGGUAUCCAACGCGCCUUCAAUUUCGCCGACCCGGCAUCCAUCGACAUCGACACUUUCGACACGGAGCUCCUAACCAACUACACCGCGGCAGUCCGUCUGACAAAGGCCUUCCUCCCGCAUCUUCAAAAGCAACCAACCAACACUGCGCUUAUCUACACCAGCUCGCAAAUGGCGCUGGUCCCCAUGAUGCGCGCGCCCGGGUACGGCGCGUCCAAGGCCGCGCUGCACCAUUUCAUUCUUGCCCUGCGGACGCAGCUCAAGGAUGGGCCGGGGGAUGUUAAGGUAGUGGAGGUUUACCCGCCUGCCGUGCAGACGGAGUUGCAUGAUACGAAGCAUCAGCCGGACUUGAAGAAUGGGCAUUUGAUUGGGAUGCCGUUGGAUGAGUUUGCGGAUGAGACGUGGAGUAAUCUGGCGAGGGGGGAGGAGCAGAUUGCGGUUGGGUCUGCGAAGGAGAUUUUUGAGGCGUUCGAGCCGAAGAGGCAGAGUGUCUAUGAAAACUUGACGGCGGGGUUGACGGAGGUGCUUAAGCAGUUCUUGCGGUGA